AUGCCAAUAUGCAUAGAGUGCUGUUACCCCGUUUCCCACCUUUACACGUCCUACAGCAAGGCGGAUGAUCGCGCCUUGGGCAAGGGAGUGCGUCUGACGCAAUGCCCGCGAUGUCAGCGAUUUGCGGAUAAAUACGUUGAACAUGACUUCGUUGUGCUCUUCAUCGAUCUUGUUCUUAUUAAGCCGCAGGUUUACAGACACCUGCUCUUCAACAGGCUUGGGAGGGACGAUGACAAGUUCGACCGCUCGAUUAUCCGUCUCGGGAUCCUUAUUCUCCUUUUCGACGUAUACCUCUCCUGGGCACGAAUCGAAAAGUCCUCCGCUAUCGCUGCAUCGUCACUUGGGAAUACUCCGAUAAUAGUUCAAUAUGUCUUCUUCCUCACGCUGAACGCCCUCGCAACCCUCGCACACCACAUGGCCGUUCGUUUCCUGGCUACCGUACUCGUUCUGAAACCAGCGGCGCAAUCUCAGAAGGCCCAUGACUUGGCGCAUCGAGUGAACACCCCCCUACCUCUGCCAUCUGACGUUAACGCGGCCGGGAAUGGCAUGGCUACUCAAUCCACACCGAACCCCAAUACAGUAUGCGGGCCAAGCCCUACAAUUCUAAGCCGUUCAUCGUCUGGUAGCGAUACAGUCGGCGCCUGUCCUCAGCAAGCUACUUCUUCUACCACUUUACCAAUGUUGACCGUGGAACCAGAAUUUCCACCUCCCCUCCGAAGGGCAUCCACGGCCCCUCCGCAGAUACGGCCGAUCCCUCCUCCGGCACUCGCCAGUCGAAAUGCGAUAAGCACAGCUCUCCUAGUUAGCAGUUGCACAAAGCUGUUCCCAAUACUCCUGGUUAUAUGGGGAACAGACGCAUCAGGCGCGAAUUCGGCUGAUUCCGAUACCUUGUUUCCGCCGGGUGGUAGCGAGGAGUCUGCCUUCCCUGCUCUACCCUCCGUGUCAUGGUCUUCACAAUCCCUUGACUCGAUUUUCCGGUCUGCGUUAUCUGCUGUCUCGCAGCCUUGGUCAUCGCUGCUUCUAUCAGUCACGAAUACCCACCUUGUGCUGUUGAAUAAUAUUGAAGCUCUGCUUAUUCUUUUAGAUUGUGGUUAUGCCUACGCCAUUGCGCUGACUCUUGGCGGUCAGUUGGCGAGAUGGGUGGUGGAGAGAUCUCUCCUAAGCCUUGUAGGGCUAUGA